CAUCUCACACACAGUAGACACGCAUUGAGCGUGAGAGAGAGAGAGAGGAUAGAGAGUGGUGCUAUGACGAUGUCUUCACUGGCGAGAAUACCGUUGACUUCUCUGUUUACGGCCGUUGACAAGUCGGAACUCUGUUCGCCGGAAUUUUCCGCCGCCGGACGGUGUCGUUUCGGAUCCAGAAAGUGGGGUUGUAACAAAGGUAUUAGCAUUGGCUACGGUAAUGGAGGAAUUGUGUGUAAAGCGGCGUCUGUCGAGCCCCGGGCGGUGAUUGAAGGGCUCAGCAUUGCUGAAGAUGUAAGCCAGCUUAUCGGGAAGACACCUAUGGUUUAGUUGAAUAGAGUUGUAAAAGGCUGUGUUGCGAAUAUAGCUGCAAAGCUUGAGAUUAUGGAGCCAUGUUGCAGUGUCAAGGACAGGAUAGGAUACAGUAUGAUAACCGAUGCUGAACAAAAAGGGCUUAUAACUCCCGGAAAGACUGUUUUGGUUGAAGCUACAAGUGGAAACACGGGAAUCGGUCUUGCGUUUAUAGCCGCAUCAAAAGGGUACAAGCUUAUACUGACAAUGCCUGUAUCGAUGAGUCUUGAGAGAAAGGUUCUCUUGAGAGCUUUUGGAGCCGAACUUAUUUUGACCGAUGCAGCCAAAGGUGUGAACGAAGCUAUUCGAAAAGCUGAAGAAAUAGUGAAGAAUACUCCAAAUGCUUAUAUGCUUCAACAAUUCAACCACCCCGCGAAUCCCAAGAUUCACUACGAAACCACUGGCCCGGAGAUAUGGGAAGAUACGAAAGGCAAAGUGGACAUACUCGUCGCAGGUAUCGGCACCGGCGGAACUAUUUCGGGGGUCGGUCGUUAUCUCAAAGAACACAAUCCUAAUAUAAAGGUUAUUGGCGUGGAGCCCACAGAGAGCAACGUACUAUCCGGUGGAACUCCGGGUCCGCACAAAAUUCAAGGGAUUGGGGCCGGUUUUGUACCGAAAAAUUUGGAUCUAGAUGUGAUGGAUGAAGUUAUAGAGAUAUCGAGUGACGAAGCAGUGGAAACGGCCAAGCAAUUGGCUCUUCAAGAGGGCUUAAUGGUGGGUAUUUCUUCGGGAGCAGCAGCUGCUGCUGCUAUUAAGGUUGGAACGAGACCCGAAAAUGCUGGAAAACUAAUUGCGGUGGUAUUUCCGAGCUUCGGGGAAAGAUACUUGUCCACGGUGCUUUUCGAGUCCAUUCGAGUAGAAUGUGAGAAUAUGCAACCCCAAUUGUAAAUAUCAUCAAUUUUACAUAAUCUACGUGAAGUGAAUAAUUCGAGAGAAGAACCAAUCGAAUAAUAACAACUCAAUCUGAGUUCUCAUCACAAGUCAUCAUUCUUUAAUUCUCCCAAACCAAGAGAAGAACCGAUCGAAUAAAUGGGGAUCGUCAUUCGAACAUCGACAAUUUCCAAUGUAAACGUAAAACGUUAACUUAUUCAUGUUUGGCUUUUUUUGUGAUAAAUCUCCACUUUUAGCCUCUUCUU